AUGGCCAUUUUACACAAACCUGCGAUCGCAGGUUCUCCCCUUGCGAUCGCAGCCUCAUUUUUAACCACCACACUUCAAAAAUUAUCUCUGAAAUUCACUGCAUUUCGAGUUUUUUCACCCAAAUCGCUUGUUUUUCAUCCAAAUCACGCAAAUAAUGUAUCAAUCUCUUCUAUUUUACUCCUACAACAUGUAUACGAUCUACGUUCCGUUAGUCAUCUACAGGCCAUAAUAAGUAGAAACGUUUGCACCCGACACGGUUCAGAAGAGAUUCAUCCGAACGGAAUUUCAAAAAUCAAAAAAAAAAUGUGCACAGUCAGACAGGGUGACACCCCAGAGUCGCCAUUCAUUGUCCUAGUGGACAAUGUUACUGUAGAUUUAGGUCCACAGGUUGCACUUGACUGUUACCAGCGGCUUAUUGACCGCGAGAUUCUGCCACAAGCCUGGGCCCUAGCUACACACUUAUGCAGGAACUCCAUAUUUAUGAUGGUGUUCGCGCUCUUUUUGCCAAUAUUGGCUGGGAACGCCUAUUAUUUGCGAACUUUUCCACUUGUCCCUUACUGA